GUAUGUGUCUGUGAGCGUGUGGUGUGUGUGUGCGUGUGAGUGCGGGUGUCUCCAGUACCUAGCCAAACUCAACCCCUCCACCUGGGCCCUAUAUCCCCAACAUGUGUACCCCUCUCCUAUGCCCCGGAGCCGGUACAGCCACGCCACGCUGCCCCGGAGAGGUCUAGAAAGCUGGUCAAUAACUUUGCAGACGGAUGAGCUCUGAGCAGCCAGAGGAGACUGGGGCUGUCAACGCUGCCCCCCUGUCCUGCCAGCUUGGAUCCCCUCACAGGCUCCUCCUAGGCUCCCGACCAGAACGCUGACCAUGGAACCCUGAAGUGGCUCUCACUUCCUUGAGCUCAGUGGCAGACCCCACCACCCCAGGCCCUUCCUGCCCCUCCCGCAACCAGCUUUCAGGCUCCCAGAGGGAGGGGUGGGGAGGGGAUCCUGAUCUCACAGGGCGAGGGGCAUCCGUCAUGAUGCUCAACUCAGACACCAUGGAGCUGGACCUGCCUCCCACCCACUCUGAGACCGAGUCAGGCUUCAGCGACUGUGGGGGCGGGGCGGGCCCUGACGGGGCGGGGCCGGGGGGGCCGGGAGGGGGUCAGGCUCGCGUCCCGGAGCCAGGAGAGCCGGGCCGGAAAGACCUGCAGCACCUGAGCCGUGAGGAGCGGCGGCGCCGGCGGCGCGCCACAGCCAAGUACCGCACGGCCCACGCCACGCGGGAGCGAAUUCGCGUGGAAGCCUUCAACCUGGCCUUCGCCGAGCUGCGCAAGCUGCUGCCCACCCUGCCCCCCGACAAGAAGCUUUCCAAGAUUGAGAUCCUGCGCCUGGCCAUCUGCUACAUCUCCUACCUGAACCACGUGCUGGACGUCUGAACACUGCCUGCCUCCCGCCCUGGAUUCACUC